AUGGGAAGUUACGUUGACUAUACUUCCAUCUUCACCGAUGCAUCUAAAACUGCUGAGGGCACUGGAGCUGCCUGGGUGAUACCUCAUCGGGCCGAGAAGAAGUUCAAGUUUAGUGGACAAACAUCUAUAUUUACAGCGGAAGCAUUCGCUAUAUUAAAAUCCAUGGAAUUUGUGAGAGAUUCCGGUAUUUGCAAAUGUAUUAUAUUUUCUGACUCUCUAUCCGUCUUGUCUUGCUUAAAGUCUCCAACAGAUGUUAAUUCUAACUAUUACCACUCAUAUAUAAUAAGGAUUAAGCAAGACAUAUCCAAGUUCCAACAAUAUAAUUCAAAUAAAAAGAUAGUGUUGGUGUGGGUUAAGGCCCAUACGGGCAUAACUUUUAACGAACGAGCAGAUCAACUAGCUAAAGAAAGUGUUUCACAAGGAGAAGAAAUUAUCUCUCAACACCAACUGUGCAUGAUAGAUUGA